AUGAACCUAAACAUCAACACCUCAAUGAUCCAAGAAAUCCAAAACAUAGAGCCGUCCGAAAUCCCUAAACAUUUUAAUGACAUUAUACUUAAGAAUUUCUGUAAUCAUAAAAUUAUAUACACCGAUGGAUCAAAAUCCAACGUCAAAACAGGACUAGCUAUAAUCACAGAUGAAGAAACCUUUAAGUUCUCUUCACUGGAGAUUAAUUCUAUUUUCACCAUCGAGGCACUAGCGAUCCUGAAAGCCAUAGAACUAACUGAACAAAAUUGGAAAAAUACAAAAUCUUUCUUAAUAGCCAGCGACUCCCUUAGUUCUAUUCUAGCUAUACAAAACCAAGGGACAUCAAAUGAAAUAAUAAAAAACAUACAAGAAAGAGCCUCUUCCCUUGCCCCCCGUUCGGUAACCUUCAUGUGGAUUCCUGCCCACAAAAACAUACCAGGAAAUGAAAAUGCUGAUAUAGCAGCUAAAGAAGCCGCCUCCACUAACAUCAAUAUCCCCAAAUUAGACCUUUCGUCUUUCAAGGACACCGCCCGAAACUCCUUAAUAAAUAGCAAAAAGAUUCACCAACGACUCUGGGACCAGGAACUGAACAACAAACUACAUCAAAUAAAACCUUUUCUGUCUCCUAACCCGAAUCCUCCCUCAAGUACGAGAAGACAACAAGAACGCAAUGUCCGAAAUAUCGGCCGAGGACCAACUCAAAAUUGGUCACUCGACGGCGGCCCUCGUGAUCCAAAUGAAACACAAUGCAAACGGGACGGCGCGACGAUGCAUCAUAUCUGUUGCGCGGUCAACCGUCGGAAAAGAACAAUAACGCAGCAAAUUGGCAGCGGUCGGCGAGCCGGACGUCGCGGUAUCACGAUAUCCCGAGGCGGCCGUGAAAGAUAA